AUGGGGUUUUUUUUCUUUACGGCCAGUAACAUGGUUCUAAAGUUUUGCCACCUCUUUCCCCUUGUCAUCUCUUUUCUUCUCUUAAUCUCCGAUGGAGGUGGAGCUGCUUAUGCAACCAAAGUCACAAAUAUCGGUGGAAUCAUUGAUGUCACGUCCCGAAUCGGGAAAGAACAGAAAAUAGCCAUUGAAAUUGCCGCCGAAAACUUCAACCGCUUUUCAAAGUCUAACAAGCUGUCCCUCCAUUUCCAGGACUCCGGCGGAUUAGACCCGCUUCAAGUUGCUUCUGCUGCUGAAGAGCUCAUUAAGGAGAAGAAAGUGGAUGUAAUUAUUGGCAUGAACAAAUGGGAGGAAGCCGCAUUCGUAGCAGCUGUUGGAAACAAGGAAAAGGUUCCGAUUAUUUCAUUUGCGGCUCCUGCCAUAACCCCACCGCUGAUGGAACGCCGUUGGCCUUUCUUGAUACAAAUGGCUAACGACGGUUCUGCCCAAAUCAAAUGCAUUGCAGAUAUUGUUAAGGCGUACAAAUGGAAAAGGGUUGUGCUGAUAUAUGAAGAUGACGUGUAUGACAGUGACUGGGGGAUGUCAGCUCUUCUUCUAUCCAAGGCUCUUCAGGAUGUUGAUUCAGAGAUCGAGUAUCGUUUAGUUCUUCCACCAUCUUCUCCAGAAGAGUUUGUUCUGGGCGAGCUGCUGAAGCUACGGAAAGCAACCAAAUCUCGGGUUUUUAUUGUUCUUCAGUCAUCGUUGUCGAUGGUGACUCAUUUGUUCAGAGAAGCUGAUAAAGUUGGACUUAUAGAGAGAGACUCGGCUUGGAUUAUGACCGACAGUGUAACAAGUUUGCUGGACUCGGUUGACGCCUCUGUUAUUUCCUCUAUGCAAGGUGCUUUAGGGAUCAAGACCUACUAUUCUAAUGCUACUGAUUCUUACAAAGAUUUUUAUGCCCAGUUCUCAAAAAUAUUCCAACCCCAGUAUCCAAAGCCGGGAAUUCAUGCUCUACGAGCAUAUGAUAGCAUUAGGGCCAUUUCACAGGCCAUAGAGACAAGGACGAGUAACAGCAGUAGCGCAGAGAUGCUGUUAAGGAAUAUAGUAUCAAGCAGUUUCUCUGGUUUAAGUGGCGAAAUACGUUUCGAAGCAGGAAAGCCGUUGCAAACUCCCCCAUUGAUGUGGAUUGUAAAUGUGGUAGACCAGAUAGAUAAGAGGUAUGAAGAAUUUGGCCCGGGAAGUUACGCAGAAGGUAGAGAGAAAACUGCCCAACUUUUGGAUGGCGCCUCAAUAAUUUGGCCCGGGAACUUAAGAAGAGGAUCACCAAAAGGGUGGGUAAUGCCUACUGCCGAGAAUCCAUUGAAAAUUGUUGUUCCCAGUAGAACUUCAUUCCAGAAGUUUGUGAAGGUAAAUGACGGCAACAAAGAUGAUAUCAAAUAUGGCGGUUGGUGCAUUGAAGUUUUCAAGACGGUGCUAUCUAAUUUGAGUUAUACUUUGCCGUAUGAAUUUAUGCCGCCCUUCCACGGCGCCUACGACGAACUGGUUUACAGCGUCUCUAACAAGACAUAUGAUGCUGUCGUUGGUGACGUGACCAUAUUAGCUGACAGAUUGGAAUACGUGGACUUUACUCAGCCAUACACCGAGUCAGGGUUGUCCAUGAUAGUUCCUGCAAAACCUGAAGGGACAGCAUGGAUGUUUUUGAAGCCUUUCACGUGGGAAGUGUGGGCGGUGACUGGUGCCAUCAUGCUUUACACAAUGCUUAUAAUUUGGUUCUUGGAGCAUCGAUUCAAUCCAGAAUUUGGUGGCCCGUGGAAGAAUCAGAUUGGCACCACAUUUUGGUUCAUAUUCUCCUCUUUGUUCUUCGCUCACAAAGAGAAAAUUAAUAGCAACUUAACUCGAGUGGUGGUGGCAGUAUGGCUCUUUGUUGUGUUGAUCUUAACCUCAAGCUACACUGCUAGUCUAUCUUCUUUGCUCACUGUGCAACGACCACAAACAGAUAAUACAUAUAUCGAGUGGCUAAAGAGCAGCAACUCAACAGUUGGUUGUGAUAAUGAUUCAUUUGUCAAGAAUUACCUGGAGGAUGUGAUUGGAUUCAAUUCAGAGAACAUCCACACAGUUUUCAACGAAUCUGAGUACACAAGUCUAUUUGAGAAGAAGAACAUAAUUGCUGCCUUUCUUGAACUUCCAUAUAAGAAAGUUUUUAUCAACAAGCAUUGCAAGGGAUACAUUGCCACCACCACACCUACUACCUAUAAAUUUGGAGGAUUUGGAUUUGCAUUCCAAAAAGGCUCCCCAAUAGCUAGGGAUUUUUCAGAAUCAAUUUUAAGGCUAUUAGAAGACGGUAAGCUCACACCACUUGAAGAUGAAUGGUUGACUCCUUCAAAUGAGUGUUCGGUGAAUGGAACAUCCAAUAGUACAGAACAUUUGAGUCUCCAGAGCUUCUGGGGUCUCUACCUUAUAUAUGGUGUAAUUUCUACCUUUUGUUUUCUACUAUCAUUAAUCCGCUAACUAAUUAAAGAGGUAUCAGAGGCAUACGAAGGCAAUGCAACUUCAAGUAAUAGAGUUGCAAGAUAUGUACUGUUACAAUGGAGAGAUCAAUAUUCUAGAGAGAUCUUCUUUUUUGCCCUGGACAAUAUUCAUGUCUCUGCACCUGCUGAAAUUGAAAUAUUUGCCGU